UGCUCUUCUUUCUUCUCCCCUGCACCCGACAAGCCCCCCCAGCCACCGACGCACUCCUCUUGAGAAAUUCGGCAAAAAGGCUUGAAUUUUCCUCUUCUUUUCUUGUUAAAUCAUGAGAUUUGGGGCUUAGAAUCUUCCCUCUCAACCCAGAAAUCCCAGAUCUGCGCUGUUCUUCCCCUUGCUGUCCGUCGGCUUCUGCUAUAUGUGAUUUCUUGGCAUUUUUCGCCGCGAGUUCCCCUGCAGAAUUUCUUCUUCUCUGCCGCCGGCUUCCCCUCCAACUCCCGCCGGUUGCCAAGCUCGCCAGACCCGGUUUGCUAGCCGGAAAUUUGGGUUUUGAUCGUUCUGUCACCAUAGCACUUGGGUUAGCCUUCAGUUCUGUGCGAGUGAGGUAAGUAAAUUAUGGUAAAGCCCUUCAAUUUUAAAGCAUGUUUUAAAUUGUUUUUGAGAUGGUGGCAAGGUUUAAACUGAUUUUAUCAGCAUCUGAGUGUAAUUAAACUAAAAUGAAAAUUGUGAUGAUUUUUAUGAAAAUCAUUGUUUUUCUGGAAUUGAGUGUGAUUGGAAUGGAAAUGGGAAUUUCAUUGUUUUUCUGGAAUUGAGCAUGACUGAGAUGAAAAUGAGAAUUUCAUUGUUUUUCUGGAAUAGAGCAUGCCUAUUUGGAAUUGACUGAACUGUUUUGAUGAACUGAGAGUUUGCAAAUUCUGAGUUUUCUGAUAAAUCCAUGCCCACAUGGAAUUUUCUGGUUAUUUCUGAAAUUUGGGAUUUCGAUUGUGAAUUACGGAUUUCGAUUGUGAAUUACGGAUUUUUUUGUGGGUGUAAUGCUAGCAUAUGUCGACAUGUUUACUGAUAUGACCGGUUUAUUCUGACGCUUGCCACUGGGCAAAUACAUUGGCACAUUCCGACGCCUGCCAAUGGGCGAACACAUUGGUAAAUUUCUGUCGCUUGCCAGUGGGUUGUUAUAACACUGGCCAUGACUUAUAGAUGAGACUAUUACUGAAUUUGAUUCUGAUUCUGCAUUAAUGGUUUUGUCAUUUAACGUUUUGCUAUUGAACUGAAUCUGAUUUUGUCAUUGAGCGUUUUGUUAUAUUAAACUGUUUAUCAGGCAUGCUAAAAGUUUUACCCAAGGGCUAUCCAUAUUUACUUACUGAGUUAUCUCAUAGUUUUCCUUGUCCACCAUUUCAGGAAGCGAAACCAAGGACGGGGAAACCGAGGGGAGUGACGAGUUAGAAGGCUAGCCAUUUUGUAAAGUGAAUAUAGAUUUGAGAUAUAGAUCAUGAUCUUGUAAAUUGAAGUUUAAUUGGAGAUUUUAUAAAUUCAUUUAAUGGAUUGCUAGUUUACCAGAGAUUUGACCUGGAGAUUUUGAGAUUAAGUUAUGUUGGACAUAGAAUUGUUUUGAGAUGAUUGAUUUGAGUUAUUGGAUUGUCAGAUGUGAUUUGAAUAAGUUCCGAGCCUUGUGCAUUCGUGGGAUCCUUUCACGAGUGCAUGGCGUCUGUCGCGCCUCGGACUCGAGUUCUGGGUUCGUCAAGGUUCCUCAUGAAACCCAGAACCUAGGUUCUUUGAGGAACCCAGGAACCCAGAACUGGGUUCUUCACGAAACCCAGAACUGGGUUCCUCACGAAACCCAGGAACCUAGAACUGGGUUCUUCACGAAACCCAGAACUGGGUUCCUCACGAAACCCAGAUCUGGGUUCCUCAAGGAACCCAGGAACCCAAAACUGAGUUCCUCAAGGAACUGGAACCCAAAUCUGGGUUCCGCGAAGAACCAAGAUGAACAAGAGGAAAACCCAGCAUCGGGUUCCAUGAGGAAUCAAGAUGAUGAAGAGGAAGAGGAUGGUGAAGAUGAUGAGAAGGAUAGUGAAGAGAAUGGUGAAGAAGAUAAACGGUGAGAUGAUGAUGCCGAGGAUUAGGCUGAGGAUGAGGAGAAAGAAGAAGUUGAUGAAAUGAAAGUUAAUUAACUUA